AUGGCUCACCCAGUAUACCUCACAAAACUCGACCCCACCCGUCCAGGCAUUUCCGACCUAGCCACAGAACUCCGCCUAAAACUCUACGAGCAGAUCCUCUCACCAACAGGAUUCAUCUGCCUCUGUAAAGGCCGCAGCACCUUCGACGCAACCGGUGCCAAGCACAUCAACGAAGGGAAUGGCAUGCAGCUAGAGCACAAAGCCCUCUGCCAUGCUCCGAUCGGAACCAACGUGCUCCUCUCCUGUCGUCAGAUCAAGCAAGAAGCGAAGCCAAUUCUGUACGAGCAGAACACUUUCAUGUUCACUUGUAUGCUGCAGACACCACCUUUCAUGAAAAUGCUUGGGUCUGUUGGGCAGGUUGGACCAGAGGUCGAUUUGCCGUUGCGGAUAGUUGACAGAGUCAGAUCUGCGUUUUUGUUCCUGGAUAGCACUGCAGAUUGUAACCAGAUGGAGGACGACACCAAGCAGAUCUUCGCCGGCAUGGCGUCGCUCGAGAGGAUCCGGAUCGUGUCCGUUGAGGACCAGAACUACAAUCUGAGUCAUCUGUCAGACUGGAGGAGUACAGCACUGUACGCCAUCCUGAGGAACAUCCCCCAGACCUGCAAAGUGGCAUACGGGACACCGACAGAAGCUGAGAGGUCAUUCGUGGCGAAUGCAAAGCCGCACUGGGAAACUCGUAGUGCUAGGCAUGUGCGUACUGGGAGACCAGUCCACUGCCAAGAGAUCGAGUCGCAGCGUUUGGGGAAUGAGGCGAAGGAGGGUUUCGAGCGGAAGAUUGAAGGUAGUGUGGUGAUGCAGUCUUCGGCGUAUCCGGGGAUGUAUAUGAUCUUCGAUGAUGUUGUGGGGAUGUGA